ACCACAUGACAUCUGGAAACAACGGUAAUGGGCAAGUGCGCCCUUAUAAAGCUCCCGAUCAAUUCUCAGUACAACACGCGGCCGGGUGCAGGAACAGCUGCUGUGAGUCGGCAGUCCGUCAUUAUAUACAGCUUCCUGCUGAGUGUGUGUUUAACUACCACGCGAGAGCUGUAUAUCACCAAGUCCACGAUCGGCAAAGAACGCCAUGUCCCCAAGUGCUAACAGAAUGUAGAAACUCAGCUCCUGGACCAUUGAAAAGGUGCGUUGGAGCUAAUACUUCUGGUGUCGGCUUACUGGUAUUUCUAUACCGUGGUUCGAUGUACUGCAAAGGACGGCCAAGCACCAUCUCCUCAUAGCUACCAUUGUCAAGGGUACCCGGUAGCCACUCGUCGUGCGUAGAUUGGUCUACUUGAGCCAGACGGGUUGGCAGCUGCUGGGGUGUCACUGCCAAGAAGCAGAGCCGUGCACCAUGGGCAAGAGUGGCAGCAAGCUAAACAAAAAGACGCUACAGGAUCUCUUGGAGAACACAAACUUUUCCGAAGAGGAAAUCAAGCAGCUGUACAAGGGAUUUCACAGGGACUGUCCGACUGGCAAGGUCACGCUCAAGGAGUUCAAGUACAUCUAUGGGAGAUUUUUCCCAUCGGGGAACGCCGACGACUUCGCCAAGCAUGUCUUCAGGACGUUCGACACCAACAAAGACGGGUAUGUCGACUUUCCGGAGUUCCUGACGGCCGUCAGUAUGACGUCACGAGGCAGCGUGGAGGACAAGCUGAGAUGGACGUUCGGGAUGUACGACCUGGACAAGGACGGUUUUAUCACCAAGGAUGAGAUGCUCAAUAUUCUGGAGGCCAUCUAUGACAUGAUGGGGUCUGAGAUCAUCGACUCACUCCCACCGGAAGAGAGGUGUCCAGCCAAAAGAAGAGACAAGAUCUUCGAGCUGCUGGACCACAACGAUGACCAAAUCAUCACCCUGGAGGAGUUUCUGGAGGGGGCGCAGCGAGACAAGGCCCUGGUGGACGUCCUGACGAAUGGGAUCUUUAACAAAAAGAAGUAAGAGAAACUUCACCUGGCAUAAGCACAGCCUUAAGAGUCAACAAAUUACAUGUACCAUACAAAAUAACGCCCUCCUGAACCGUUAUCAAUGGUCACUCAGUUCUAUGGGUGGUCUUUACUUUUACAAAUUAUAUGACAAAUUGUCCACCAGAUCAUGAUACCUCCUGCACAAUUUAGUGGUAUCAUUCUGUCUUAGAUUUGCUUCAGAACCUAUAUUGUAUGCUAUGCUAUAUGUACUUUAUUCUAUAACCUUUACACACAGAGUCAAGCUCAUGUACCAGCUAGUACACUUUUUCAUGCCCUGUUGUUACAAGGCCAAUAUUCUCAAUAGGGGAAAAGGCAAACAUUAAAACAGCUAAAUGGUUG